AUGGAGGGCCACGUUGGGCAGCUGGUUCUCUGCCGGUGCUCCCAAGCGGAGCAGCUCGCAGUGCGCACAUCAAGCCGGGGAUCGCUUGCGACGGCAGUGUCGGCCAUGGAGGAGCUGCGGCUGGCUCCGUCCUGCCUGUCUGAGCCGACCCACAAGCUUUGCCACCUCCUGCAGCAGCUGCCCCUACGCCGGCUGAGCCUGCGGGGCAUGGAGAGGCUGUCCGUGAAGGCCUUGGCGGAGCUGCUGCGAGCCGCCCCCCGAUGCCAAGAAUGCGACGUGCGGUUUGCCUUGCCCCUCCAUUGGCCGACCUUUGGUCCCUGGCUGGAAGGUCUACGGGCAAGUCCGAACGGGAGGCUGCAAGUGGUCCACUCGCUCCACGCGGAGCCCAGUCCUUCACUGACCGCCUACGAGGUGAUGACUGCCCAAGCCUACAGCCUGCACUGUGGGCGGAUCGAGGGCUGCUUCCGCUUCGCGUCGCCCGGGAAUCAGAUGGUGACAGGGCCCAUUGCCCGCUUUGCCCGGAUGUUCGAUCCGCCCUCGCGAUAUUCGAUCAUGGUGGGUUGCGAACGCUUUGAGAUUGAGGACGAACACGUCAGCACCGAUCCGCGCGUGAAGACAUUUCGGGUGACCUUCUGGCAAGGAGACAAGAGCCCUCUAACGAGCCCACACUCGCAGCAGAGCUUCAUGUGGCAGCUCUCAAUGCAGCCACAAAGCGCCCCCAGCGAGUUCGUCGACUGCUGGAUGACAGACGCAGUGGUGCCGCUGGAUUUGGAAUGCAUCUGGGAUGGGUCGCUACUGGAUGACUGA